AGGAGGAGCCGGACCCUUUCGAGUCGGGUCACCUGUUGAAAGCUCCGUUGAGCGGCGUGAUUGGCUCGGCCCGGGAGCCCGCGGUCUCCUUUCCCGUCUCGACGUCGAUGGGAAAGGGUUAAAAAGCCGAGGCCGUGGGGGGCGGCAAGGUUUCCGCUCUCAAUUUCUCCUCAGUUUCCUGACGGGGCCAGAGCUCCUCCCCUUCAGCCCGGCAUGGAGGGGCGCGAGAGGCGGCGCGAGAGGGAGGAGGAGGAGGAGGAAAAGGAGGAAGCAGGAGCGGUAGUAGCAACGGCGUCGGGAGGAGGAGGCCAGGAGCCGGCGGGAGAGGCCAAGGCCGCGGAGGAGCCUCUGGACUGGACCUUCGUCGACAUGGAGACGACGAUGUCUCUGCAGGACCUGCCCGCGGCCCUCAUCGCCUGCAACCUGCCGCUGGCCGUCUUCUUCCCCGACGGACCCUGCAGGGCAAGAUUUGAAUCUCUCUUUAGAACACAUGACAAAGAUGUCACCUUUCAGUAUUUUAAGAGUUUCAAAAGAAUACGGAUAAACUUCAGCAACCCUUUGUCAGCAGCAGAUGUUAAAAUUCGGUUACACAAGACAGAAUUUCUUGGAAAAGAGCUAAAACUAUUUUUUGCUCAGUCUUUGCAUAUUGGAAGACCACACUUAGCACCACCAGAUCCAGAAAAGCAAUUCCUGAUUUCCCCGCCCUCGUCUCCUCCCAUUGGCUGGACACAAUCAGAUGAUGCUACACCUGCCAUUAAUUAUGACCUUUUAUAUGCCAUCUCCAAGCUAGGACCAGGUGACCAGUAUGAACUUCAUGCUGCAACUGAAACUACCCCCAGUGUUGUGGUCCAUGUGUGUGACAGUGAUGAUGAAAUUGAGGAGCAAGAAGAGAACGAAUCAGCCAAGAAAUCAAAACCAAAAAUUAUUCAAACCAGGAGGCCAGAUUACACUCCUCCUCACCAAAGUUGAAGUACAUCAGACUUUGCUCGCUGUAAACUAGCAUGUUCCAAGGAAACAUUGUGGAAGUGACAGGUCACAAAUAUGAUGACAUUUGUGGUGGAAGCAGAAAAUCUAAUGUAAAGAUAAUUUCAGAAAAGGAAUGUCUUCAUUUAUGUGUGUGUGUUAAUGCUGCACACUGGCUCAAGACCGAUCCCUGCAUGAACUUCUUGAAUCGUUAUCUUGGAGAAUAGCCAGUCAUGGUGGCAUAGAGGUGAAAAUAUAUUCUGCUUGUGUUUAGGGAUAUUUUCAGAUUUUCCAAAUUUCUGUUACGAAGGAUGACUUCCCUGCUUUUGUCUUUGUCCUAUGAUAAAUUUAUAUUUCAUGGGAGGGGUGUAGACAGUGUGGCCGCAGCCCUAAGACACACUGCUGAUUACAUGCCAUUGGAAACAAUGAGCAAACAUGUAAAGUGUGUUUGGGGUUGUAACUUGUAUAUGCCAUAUAGUAGCUUUAAAAAUGAAGUGAGACAUUGUUAGUCAUUUUUCAUUCUAGAUUUUGAGUAUGCAUGUAGAACUUGAGAAGUAAAUUUGUUUAACUUUAGAUGUACUCAUUUUAUAUUGAGAAAAAUCUCAAAUAUUGAUUUCUCAGCUGACUUUCUGAAUUAUGUUUGUAUCAGCAUUCUUUUUUAUGGGAACAUAUUUUAGUAAAACACUACGUUUGGUGCAAUAGCCCUUUUUAAUGUAAACUGCCAAUAUGUUUAUCAAGGAAACCUAUAAAAUACUUGUGCACAUUUUAAAUGGGUGGUGAUUAAAUUAUUCUAAAUUAAAGUAUUUAUAUUAGUUCCGACCAUCUUAACUGCUUUAUUGAUCGGAAGUAUAAGAAAUCUGAAAGUAAAUGCUACCACAUGUCACAAUAUGAGAGAAUAUAAGCUAUGUUUCCUAAUCCAAAUGUAUCUGUGAGUAUGGUAAUUGUUGAUAGUGGUGCUUAGACUAGCUUGUGUGUAAACAAAUGUGAAGUGUGCUUGCAGAGGAUGGAGUGCCUUUUUACUCAUGAACAUGGAGUAAGGGAGGGGAAUUGUUGCACUAACUGAAGACUUUAAUUUUUUAAAAAGUGACAGUAAAUAUUUUAUGGAAUUGCCUUCUGCUGAAGCAUCAUCAACCAAGGUAGAAUUCCUUGUGUUUGAUGCAAAGCCACAAUGUACUUGUAUCAGUGCUUUGCUGUAAGAGCUAUGUUUUGUUUGCUGCUGCAAAAGGUGAUCAGCAGCUGGUUACAAGUAUUUUGUCACAUAUUUAAAAACAAAACAAAACAGUCUGGUAAUGUCCCACUUCCCAUAUUGCUAGGAAUUUUAUUUUAGAAGAUAUUCUUGAUUAAACUGUUUUUUAAAUAAACUCAUUUCACAAGCUUGUGAUAAAUAAGCUAAGGUGUUUUCUUUCCUUUUAAAAAAAUGAUAAAGGAUUUUGGAACAAACCUAUUUUAGUUACAAAGAGAAACGUUUAAGGAGAGGUUCACUGUCCAUCUUGGAACAGAUUUAGCCAGUGCAGCUAUAUAAAGUCAGUAGUACAUAAUGUUCUCUGUAAUUUUCCACUUUUUUCUGUGUUCCCUUUUAAAACAUGCUUGUAGGGUAUCAUUCUGUGAAUUCUGUUUAUAUUUUCCCGUAUAUUAUGUAAGCAACACAGUGUUUUCAUUGUUAUUAAAAAUCCACAAACAGUUUAAACUAGAAAGUAUUUGCAACAUCUCACACUUGCAAAUUAAAUGUCACUGAGGUCAUUGAGAAUUAAUGCACGGAUAACUAUGCUUAGUUGCAAUCCUGCAAACAAGGCUACUUCAGUCUGACAUUCUGUUGAUGUCAAGGCUUUAAGCUGCCUAACUGUGCAUAGAAUUGCAACCCACUGAACUCAAAUGGGGUUAAAUCAGCUUAAAUGUUAGUAUUUCAGCUAGACAGCUUUACAGAUUUUGCCCACACUCAACAUUCACCACUCAGUCAUUUAUGACCUCAUCACACUAGAGCAUGGAUCCACUUUAAAUCCACUUUAGGGAGGGGGCUUUAAACAGCUCAGCCAGACAGGUCCUGGGCCUCACCAAACUACAAACCCCAGAAUUCUGUAGGAAGCAGAAACCGGUUUUAAAGUGGAUUCGUUCUCUAGUGUGAUGAGGCACAUAGCUUUCACUACAGAAUAUGAGUAAGUAUAAUUCAGUACUACUAAAAAGAGAAAGAAAUACUGUUUAAUAUACUUAGGCUCCACUAUUGACAGAUUGCAAGAUGAUAUUCUGAAUGUUGGAAACCACACAUGUUUUAGCCAAGGAUUCACUAAUUCACAUAGAGCUUACCAUUUAAGAAGACAAGUGUAGUCUACUAUAUGUUUGCUCAUUCUCAAUAACUUGUUCUACAUGGAGUAAAGCUGGCUCACAGUUGAGCUGAUUUGGGGUAAUCCACCACUGCACAUAGCAGCUCUUUCUGAUAAAGAUGCAAGUGUCAGAUAGGGAGACAUUUUCUGGCUUUAGUGUUUAGAAGAAGAGCUAAUGACUAGGAUUCUAUAAAUAUCCAUUACUUACUUUAAAAGCAUGUUCAACUGCAUGCCAGUUUGUCCCUCAUUAUCUUUUAAAAAACCAAAUCCGUCUAAGCUGCUGCAUGAGUCACAUGGAUAUGCAUAGGCAUAGUUUCUUAAAUUCAAUAAGCCCCUCAUAUUUGUGAAGAAUACAUUCUUUGAGUCACAUUUGCUUGAAACUGCAGAUAUGACCAAACACUUUUGAUCCCAGCAUACCACAGAGUUACAUUCAAGGACUUAGAGGUUCCUAGAGAAUCUGCUAUGUCUUCCAACAAACACUAUGGUAACUUCUGAGGGGAAGUAUAACAUAGAGUCACCUAGAAAAUUCCUCAAGACUGGUUUUCCCCAAGCAUGGGUAAAUGAUACCACAGAUAUGGGUAGUGCCAAUAUUGAGGUCUUACAGUAGGUUGAAAUGUUGUGCAAGACACACAAAUUUGUGGAAUAUAAAUACAUUUGACCUGAGAAAACCUAAGAACUCCAGCUUACAUCAAAGGUUCAGACAACUAUGUUUUCCAUUUCAGUAAUAAGAAUUUGAAUGCCUGAAAAUUACAUGUUAAACAGAUUACAUAGUUUAUAUCCCUAUUAAUAAAGGCAAAAGAGAUUAAAAUUGGCCAUGACUUACAGAAUAUAUUACAUUUUCCAGCACCAAAAGUAAUGUGAACUUCAGGUCAUCUAAAUUUUGAAAUAAUUACCUGUACUUAUUGAUUCACAAGUAACUUGGACACUUGACUAUUUCCAUUAAUAUAAGACUUAUGGAAAAGACCAUUAUCCUUACCUAAAAUGUACUCAGAGAUAGUAUACAUAUUCACAGACGAAGAGACCGGGGGAGGGGGGGUCACACGUAAAUGCUAGCCAUGUGUGAAAUCAACUUACCCAUUUCAACUCUCCUAUGAAUGAAAUUGAAAAUCUGCUUUUGAAUAAGUGACAUGUUUGGGGGCUUUGGUCCUGGUAUCAUAAGUUCCUCAGAAAUGUGUUUUCCUGUUUGUCAGAUUUCCUACGGUUUUUUAAAAAGACGUACAAGACCUCAGUAUACAGUUUCUUCCCUUUAGAAUGAUAGGAUCUUGCUACCAUCCGAUAGCUUGUAUAAUAAAAAAAUAUGUUUGGUUUUUCUGAUGAAGUAACUGUGUUAAUCUCUUGCUGAAUAAAAAGGUAGAAAGGGGGGGGGGAGAAAAAAUGUGGCAGCACCUUUUAGACUGUGGGUUUUUUUUUUAAUUUUAGCCUGAGCUUUCAUGGUUAUAAAUCCACUUCUUCAGAUGCUGGACAGAGCUGCACAAUAUGUGAAUAAGUGGGUUGAUAUCCACGAAAGCUCAGGCUAAAACAAAAACCACUUGCCACUUCAUCACAUUCAUUAAAUAAAUACUACUGAGCCACCCACUUAAGAAACACCAACCUACUGUGUUCACAUGACUGUGUUCAUAACAUGACGUAGGGUAGAGAUAUCCUGGCGUUUAAAGGGUUGCAAAGGGUUGUCUUUUCAGAUGCUUUCUAAGACUCUGGCAAAUUAACCAGAUAUAGAUGGGCAAAAUGGCCAAUUCUGUCAUGUGAUGGUACUCAUUGUACUCAGCUUUAAAAUGACAAUAUUACACAAUUUGUGGGAGGAGUCGGAAUGCCCCUUCGAGAAGAAGCUCCCACCAUUACCUGCAAAUAUUAUUUCCCAUUUAAUUGUGUAAUCCUUAUUUUGAAAGUAGUUGUUGUGCUCCAGAAACUUCAUUUUAUGGCCACAAAUUAUGUUAAAUUGGUGGAGAGACUACAAGAUAUUCAGUCAUGGAGAAACUAGAGCAAAAUGUGCUAUAGCAGGAUGUCCCUUCUGCAAAGACAGUUUUUGCAGUUUAAUCAACUUUUCCCAUGUGUAUAUGAUAGACCCAGUUAAGAAAUUACAUUUAUAACCAAGAAGCAAAAAUCAUAGUCCAGGAGAAGGGGGUGUUUCUUUUCACAAAGAAAAAGAGGCAGGGACAGUAGGCAGGAACAACUUUCUACAAUGUGAUGGCAAAUCAACUGAGAGCUCCUGAAUAAAAUUGAUAGUUUGCUAGUGUGUAAUGGAGGUAGAAAAAUCAUCCAUUUAAUUUCAAAAUGAAGUAUGCCUGAACUGUAUGGUAAAUCUCCUCUUCCAAACUCUUGACAUGUUCAGUAGGAUGAAGUCUUUAGUCUUUAUGGUGCUGCCACAUUUUUUUUCCUUCCCAUCUCUUCCUUCCUUAUUAUGCUGCAAUAGAGAAGAAUUGCCAGAAGUACUUGUUUUGUCCUGCAGAGGGAACUCGAACGCAACCAUCCAGCUCCCCAACCACUGCAUCACUCCUUGAGAAUAUUUUAGAAAGGUUCCCUGCGCAACAUUUUGCCCUUUGAAAACUAUGUGUGAAAUUUCAUUGUAUUUAUCUCUUUAAGGUUCCAGGCCAUUUAAUCGUUUUUGGCUGUCUAGAGCAGUGGUUCUCAACCUGUGGGUCCCCAGAUGUUUUGGCCUUCAACUCCUAGAAAUCCUAACAGCUGGUAAACUGGCUGGGAUUUCUGGGAGUUAUAGGCCAAAACACCUGGGGACCCACAGGUUGAGAACCACUGGUCUAGAUGAACUGCAUUGCAAUAUCCAGUUAUGUUAAUACCUCCACUGUAGCCAUAGAAGAAUCACAGUCAUUAGACCUAAGGGUGUUUCUUCAGAACUGUAUUUUGGCAGCAACCCCAUCUCUUUCCUUAGUGUGUAUCUGUGGGUGUAUUAGAGAAGCAUCUGUUCCUAAAAAGAAACAACCAAUAAUUCCUCUAUAGUACAGCCCUUGAAUUUACCUUAUUUUCGGUACUUAUUUGUCUUUUUCAGAAUAAGGUAAAGGGAGGCUAGUCAAUCUUUUAGUGUCUUCCUAUAUGUGUACUCUGUUCCCAGCCUGGAUAAAUAAAUUCAUUCAUUCUUGCUGACUGGGGGAGGAAAGGUAGAGGUAGGGUAAUGAUUAUUGUUAAAAAUUCACUGCUUCUCUCCACUAAGACAUAAUUCCCUUAUUUGUUGGGCAAUCAUUCCAUGUUACAGCAUUUCACACUCAAAUUGAAUGGUAGGUGGAGCAGUCAUGACGAUGAAGCCCAAAGACUGGCUUACGAAAAUCCUUGCUAGAGAAAAACUAUCCUCACUACCACUCCCUGUCUAGGGAUUUAUGUUAUUUUUAUAAAUUCCCUCCCACUGGCUAUAGUAGGGUUUCCCCAGUUGCACGGGUAGCAUACCUUUCCCCCGAUUGUAUGGGAGUAUCACAGUAAUAUGAAAAGAUUAGGGAAUCCUGCAACUCCAAGCAAGCUUGCCACCAGCUUGAGCUCUUUGCACCUCUAGUACCAGAGGAGUGACACGUUUCUACAGUGGCUAAAAAGGGCAUUGCAAAGUCAGACCUUUUCCUAUUUGCUUAGGGAAGGUCUGAAACUCCUAUAGUUCCAUAGCAGCCUAAAAUGAUGAAGUUAUAGUGGCCAGAAGUGUCCAUUACUGGGAAUUGCUGAACUUCCAUCAGCUCAGCCUUGUAUGUCAUGACAGGGAGUGAAUACUAGAUGUAUGCAUUGGAAUAAAGUCAGGAAAGGGAUUUAUUACUGGUUAAAAGUUUUGGCUACUAAUUGCUGUUCUAAGGCCUGGUUAUUUAUUUAUUUAUUUAUUUGCAUUUAUAUACUGCCUUCCUCCCCUAGGGGACCCAAAUCGGUUUACAACAUGAUAUACGAACAAUGGACAUAAUUGUGAGCAAAGUGAAUUUCAUUGACUUAACUACAAGAUCCAGAAAAAAUGAUCAUGUGCCUUUUUAAAAUAAUAACGUGGCAUUUCUACUGAUAGGUUUCUUUAACACACGUGGGGAACCUUUUACCCUCCAUAUGUUUUGGAAGACAACUCUCAUAGACACUUACCAUUGGUUAUGAUGGAUAGAGGCUGAUGGAAACUUCAAUGCAAAGUACCUAGAGGGCUGAAAUGUUCCAAUUCCGAUAUUUUUUAAAAAGUGAUUGCAUUAUCUUGUGUGUGAGGUCCCUGCAAAAAUAAAACAAUGAUGUUUUCAUUAAUUUUUCUGUGGUCCUCAGAUUUCAUUGAAUACUUGAAGUUCAUUAAAAUACAGAGUACAGCUGUGAAAUGUUAAAUUAUGAAUACAAAUCCCUAUUUUCUUGUGUGUGUGUAUGACAUCAACCCGUUUAGAUGGCAGUGGGAACUUUUAUUGUAAUUUAGGAUAAGGUUUUUAGCAUGUUUACAUAGAAUUUAAGUAGGAAGUUCAUAUUUCUGCAUGCAAGAGCACUGAUGUUUCUAGCUCUUGGGUCUGUCAUGCCUUUAAAUACAAUCCCUUAAUGCUGCAUCUAGAAAAUGACAUUUGAAUGUAUGCAUGAUAUAAAAUCCAGGUUUAUCCAUAAGUUAUUAAAAUUCCAAUUCAGUAAAUUGAUUGUGCUUGCAAAACAUCUGCAAAUCGAGUUGCAGAUCAGUGUAAAAGCUCUCUUCGGACUAUGCUUAAAACUAUACAAGCCAAGGGAAAAGAAGACAAGCAGUGCUUUGUCCUGAGAUAUGAAAAUGCCCAUCUUGCUAUGGGCUUAUUCAUGAUUUAAACAAAAUGAUUGUUUCAAACAUGUGAAAUAUUCUUCAGCAGGGACCUGAUAUGCACUGAAACGAAACCUAAUAUAUAGGAUAUACGCCAUGGGGCAAGUCCCAAAUCAGUAAAGGUACUAUAGGCUGAAGCACUUACAUUUUACCUCUUAUUUUUAUCAGACUUGCUCCAAAAUAAACUGAGCUGAAAACACUUAAGUGUGUGCCUCCGUUUUGAAUAGGAUUUGUGGUUGAGACUUCGCCUGUUAUUAGAAGUGAGACUGAUUUCAAAUUAUUAUGUCCAAAAUAUUGUGUUUAGGUUAUGUCAUGUGGUAUGGGAGAAAGACCAAGGCUGUAAAUACAUCCUUAUCUGGGAGUAAAGUCAAUUGAAAACCUUACUAAUAAUAAGUCUUGAGUAUAAAGAUAAAUUCUGUCUUGAAAAACUUGAUGGUUUAAGAAGGAUGUCUCAAGGGCUUGGAGCAAUUGAUUCAAGCUGCAGAAAAAGAGAUUCCACCUAAAUAUUAGGAAGAACUUCCUGAUCAUUAGAGCUGUUUGACAGUGGAAUAUGCUGCUUCAGGUGUGGUAAAGUCUCCUUCUCUGGAAAUUUUUAAGCAGAGGCUGGAUGACCAUCUGUCAGGAGUUCUUUGAUUAUGUGUCCCUGUAUGACGGAGGAUUGGACUGGAUGGUCCUUGUGGUGUCUGCCAGCUUUAUGAUUUUAUUAUUCUAAUAGUUUUACUGCUUUGCUUUCCCAUUUAAAAGAUCUCAAUGCUGGGAAAGAUCUUUGCCUGAGACCUCUGUUAAUCCAUACUGGAUUUAGAUGGAUUUCUGGUCUGAUUAAUUGCAAUGCAACUUUAUACAUUCAUGAAUAAUCAUACUUUAUUCCAUGGAAAGGGGCAAGGAGGUGAAUAUUAUUAUUAUUAUUAUUAUUAUUAUUAUUAUUAUUAUUAUUAUUAAUAAUAAUAAUGAUAAUAAUAUAAAACUUUAUUUGUGUUCUGCUCUAUCUCCCCAAGGGUACUCAGGGCGGAUUCCAACAUACAAUGGCAAACAUUCAGUGCCUGUAUCAAACACACUGACGUAAAAUCCCAGGAAAACUCCACAAAUGAAAACAGCAAUUAAAACCUAACAUCAAAUUAAAGCUAAAGCUUGGCACGUGGUUGGACUGGAUGGCCGAUGAGGUCUCUUCCAACUCUAUGAUUCUAUGAAUGCAUCACUUACUGUAUGGUAGCAUGUGAAUAGCAAGCAUGCCUUUUGAUUAAAUUCAUAAUUGUGUGUAUUCGAGCAUAUGUGCUUUUACUGUCCCUAUUCUAGAGGAAAUGAAAUUCAUGUUUAAGCUCUGCAUUUCCUAACCCCAGCAAAGCACUACCGGAUGACUACUGAGAGCAUUACACUGUGAAAAUAUUCUGUCAUUAAAGUUGAGGGAACAGUUUUACAGCCUAUAAGACAGGAUAGUGAAUGUGUAUUGUGUUUUUCUUCCUGUGGCUUCUCCCUUCUUUUGAGUGAGAAGAAGAACUAUACAAUUCAAAUCUCAUACAGAAUCACUUACACAUUGAUUUCAAAUGAAGGUGAAUCCAGAAAGGGUACAUGCGUCUGCUUAUUACAUGACAUGAAACACCUCCACACAGGCAAUCAGAGAUACGAGGUGCUAGUGAAAAAAUACUACUUGAAUUAUUGACCCAAAAGUUCACACACUUUUGACCAUUUGUACUUGCUGGACGGAUAGAGAAACCCCACAUGAUCUAAUCAUUUUCUGAACCUACAGCUGAUUGAAAAAUAAUUCAACUUGGCAGCAUUCAACCCUGUGUAUGGUGCAAGACAUAUUCUUGAGACCAACAAGUGUGAAAGGAGUAGAUCUGAAAACACUAAGAGUGUAUUCCAGUUUUGAAUGAGAAUUGUCACAGACUUGCCCUGAUAGAGACACAAUCUGUCUCAACAGACAUUGAACAGAACUGAACCACACACAAUCUAUUUCACUGGAGAUAAAGUGCUGUUGAAUGUAUUUUUGUACAUAAAAUGUGUGACUAGUCUAGCCAUAAGACCCUUGUGCAUAGAAGUAAUUUGAUAGGGUUGGUGAUUUAAAAGCAAAAAAUGCUGGGUGGGGUGGUAGGAGUGGGGGGGGGGGGAGUGUUGCAACUCUUGGUUUAUUUUAUAAUUGGAAGAAAAAUCUUGUUUGAAAUAAUGUAUGUUUUAGUACUUGUUUCAUUUCAAUAUUGCAGAAAUUGUAUUGUUUCUCAGGUGUAACACUGUGGAACAUUCCAUUUGAAAAGAAACAAAAAAAACCCAGAAGACAAAUCUUUACUUUUGCUAAUAAAAUAUUCCUGAAUUGAA